AUGGCGGAGAGGGGCACCAUUUUAACCCCCAGAGCUCGCCCUCUCCUUAGCACCCUCCCGGAGCUGUGCCGCUCACGCUGGCCCUGCGGGGCACCCCUGCGAGGUCCGACAGUAGCCAGGCCCAGGCCGGGCCCCUGUGGGCACGUCCAGGCUUCCGAGGUGCGGCCAGCCCUGUGGCAAGGCGUGAGAGCCUCCGGGGGCUCCCGGCGCAGGAGCACGACUCAGCGAGUCGGGACGGACCGGGCUGACGUUAGCUACCUCCCCGUGAGGCCAGGGGCGCUGGACAAUGCCGAGAACCACCGUUUGAAUACUGUUGGGGCUCAGGAAAAGCUACCCCGAAAACCAGGCCUCGUCCUAAACCGCGAUCCCCUCCUGUUCCGGAAAGCGGGGCCUCAAGACCUCCUAGGGCUGCAGGACCAAGGCCCAGCCCGCCGUGUCCGAAGACGCCCCUCCCGCGGCCUUCCUGGAUUUGGCUGCGCCUUCCGCUGGGAAAUUGGCCGGUGCACCGAGGAGGCCCGAGGAGCCCUGUCCUCUUCCUCCUUCCCCCACCCCCGCGCUCCCGCGGGCUGCGAAACUGGCUCGGGAGGACGCGGCACAGCACCUGGCUGUCGUCUCCCCGGGCCCAGCCCGGAGACGGCCCCACCUGGCAGGCGUUUGGGUGUCAAGCUGCAGACCCAGCCCACGUGCCGUGUGUCCUGGGCUCCCCCGUUUAGGAAUAUUUGUGCCUCCUCGUCCCUAGAAACCCCUCAGAUGUCCCAGGAAGCCCAACAUGUUGGCAAAGAGCCAUGUUACGAAGGAUGGGCGAGGUGCCUGCAGGCCGGGGAAGGGCGGUUCUCUCAGACGCGAGGCACUGCCUCAAUAAGCCUAACUAAACCUCCCACGUGGCCUCUGGGCACUUCCUGCACCGCGUUUCUCCGACCUGAGCCUGAGCCAGAAGCCCCGAGAGCCUUCAAACCCCACACCCCGCCGGGAGCGGGGCACCGAGAGCAGGAGCAGCUGCCCGACCCAGAGCCCCAGGAACUGAGUCCCCUGAAUAAGGACACAGCCACAACUGUCCAGCUGUGCACAGCUGAGGAGGCCGAGUGGCACCAGAAGGACAUCGCCCGGCUCCUGCAGCGACAAAAAGAGGAGGAGAGGAAGUGGGCCCAGCAGGUGGAGGACAGGGAGCUGCAGCUCCAGGAGAGGCUGGAAGAGCAGCGCCAUGCCCUGGACAGACAGCGGGAGGAGGCCCUGCGAGCCCUCCGGGCGUCCUGUGAACAGGAGAAAGCAGCCCUUACCCACUCCUUCCAGGAGGCCAAAGCUGCCCUUCAGGACACCAUAGCAGAACUGGGUGCCCGGCUGGAGGCCUUCCAGGCCAGGAUGAAGAGGGUGGAGGAGUCCAUUCUGACCAGAGACUAUAAGAAGCACAUCCAGGACUACGGGAGCCCCAGCCACUUCUGGGAGCAGGAGCUGGAGAGCUUGCAUUUUGUCGUCGAGAUGAAGAACGAGCGGAUUCACGAGCUGGACAAGCGGCUGAUCCUCAUGGAAACCGUGAAAGAAAAAAAUCUGAUGUUGGAAGAAAAAAUCACAACCCUGCAACAGGAGAAUGAGGACCUGCACGUCCGAGCCCGGAACCAGGCGGUGGUGUCAAGGCAGCUCUCGGAAGACCUGUUUCUGGCCCGCGAGGCCCUGGAGAAGGAGUCGCACAUCCGACAGCAGCUGCAGCGGGAGAAGGAGGAGCUGCUGUACAGGGUCCUUGGGGCUGACACCUCCUCCACCUUCCCCCUGGCCUCUGUCACCCCCACGGAGGUCUCCUUCCUGGCCACCUAGGGGCGGGGCUUAGCCGGCCAUGUGACACAGCUCCCUCUAAGACUUUCCGAAGAACCGGAGGAAGGCAGGAAGGCAGGGCUGAGAUGGGCAACCCAGAGCCCUGGGGCUCUUCGGGCCCUGGGAUCACACAAGAGGAGCCCUGCCCCUCCCGUGUCUGUCUCCCAAAUCAGGGAAACUGAGGCCUUUCCCAGGGCCACCUGACCAAGGGGAGCCAGCCCCAGCCCCAGCUUGCAGCCUUGCUGCCAGCUGGCAGUUCUGUCCUGGUCUGUCCCAGCCGGUUUCCCCUGCUCUGAGAUGGUUAUGUUCCUGGCAUUGACUUGCUGUGUGGCUGUGCCAAAGAACAGGCCUACCUGAGGUGGUCAGGUUAGGGGCCGGGGCCAGACGUAUCCAGCCUGGACGCAUCCUGACUCAAUGGGGAAGGCGGGCGGCUGGCCAAGGCCCCGCAGGCCACUGCUCCAGUCCCUUGGCCCUAGUGCCCCGUAGGCCCAGAGACCACGUCAGGGGGUCUGAGGACCCCCAGCAGGCAGAGAGGGACCCUCGGCCCUGUGCAGGUGUGAAGGCCAGAGUGGGGAGCAGGUCCCAGAGUCAGAAUGGGAUCUACCUGCUGUCAGGUCCCGGCCUGUUGCUCCUUUUCUUCUCCGAGGCGCUGGGGUCAUCAGAUGUGUGGCGUAACCCUCUCCUCCCACCACCCCAGGUCACUCUCUCUCCCCAUCUGCCUUCACUCCUCCUGCCAUCCCUCACCCUAGGCCCCAGGCCCGGGCGCCCACAUGGCCUUUAGCUUCUCCAUCAGUGAAAAAAGGGCUGGCUAAAAUCCAGGCAUGGAGUGCAUGCCUAUGAUCUCCACACUCUGGGAGGCUGAGGCAGGAGGGUCGCAAGUUCAAACCCAGCCUGGGCAACUUAGCAAG